CCAGGGAUUCUCUAUAAAGGAAGGGCCAAUGGACUCGCUUUGCCCCUCACCAACAACCGUCAAAGUGCUCAGGAUUUGUUGAACCCUUCGCAAUCACUCCGAUCAAUCAAUCAAUCAAGCAAUCAUGAAGUUCAGCCUAUCGAUCAUCGCCUUGACUGUCUCCUUUGUCGCGUUACUCGUCCAUGCUAACGAGGACGGUUUGAUCAACAUUCCGCCGUGUUCGGCCAAUGCCAAAUUCUGUGAACACGGAGCUCAUUGUCAGUAUCCUGGCUCCACAGCAACUUUCAAAGCUAACGUAAUAGGGGACCCUCAAUGCAACAGAUUCGCAUGCCCGGGUACUGCCAACAUCUUUUGCAAUUAGCCUCCUCCCUGCAAGCGACUUUAUAUAAAGAAGAAUUAUCCUCCAUAUAUAUUUAUAUAUAUCUUUUGUCAACAUCCAAUCAUAUCAUAUCAUGCUGGAACAGUUUAAUUAUCCAUUGC